AUGUUGGAUUUCACGGGACGAAGGAACCUGCCCUCGGGGGAAGCUGAUACCCGGCCAGCGUCUCUGAACGACACGCUGCCAACGCUUGGCUUGGCGGCCGAUAUCCCCGUUCAACAAGUCAUGUCAACAACGACAGACUUGCUGUAUUAUAAGUAUUAG